AUGAGUGGUGGUAAAGGACGUUACCAUCCAUACAAAUCGGCACUUAUUCGUAGUCGCGGUCGCCGUCAGGCUGCCAAACAACAAGAACCUGAACCCUAUCUGCCACUUAUACAGCCACCAGUGCGACAGCCACAGCCACAGAUAUGGAGUCCAUUUGAGGAACCGAAUCAACCGCAGAUUUAUGGCUAUCAACAGCCGCAGCCACGGCUACCGCCCGCAGCGACAUUCAUACCGUCGGCAUACGGACAGCCGCGUCCAUACGAGGCACCGAUUCAACCGCAGAUUUAUGGCUAUCAACAGCCGCAGCCACGGCUACCGCCCGCAGCGACAUUCAUACCGUCGGCAUACGGACAGCCGCGUCCAUACGAGGCACCGAUUCAACCGCAGAUUUAUGGCUAUCAACAGCCGCAGCCACGGCUACCGCCGGCAGCGACAUACACAAAGACGGCAGAAAAAGAGCCGCAUCCAGAUGUGGCACCUGUUGAACCGCCGAUUCCUGGCUACCUGGCAGAUUUCUGGGAUCCGCAGCCUGUAAUCCCGCAGUCUCGAUUUGUUCAGCCGCCCGACCACUCUAAUAGAGUAUCGGUUAUAGUGCGUCCACAUAAGACACUAUUUCCAGUGCAACCACCGCCGGGACAGCCGCAACAACCAUCACUGCCGUCACCGGUUAUACAACAACAACGUCUAACGAAAAAAGGUUUACCGCGCAAAUUUAUAAUGUCGUCAAAACCGCGACAAUCUAGAAAGUCGUCAAAAUCACAGCAACCAAUACUACCAAAACCCGCACCACCACCACAACCAUCAAACGAAGAGCCUGAGGAUAUAUUGAAUAGUGAUUGGUGGAAAAAAUUUAAAGGUCAAAGUAAUCAACAAAUGCCGCCGUCUGAACAGUUUUCAACAUUCAUGCCAAACCCUUCACCGCCAUCAUCACCACCGUUACAGACCUAUUAUGAUCCAUCAAUUCCGCGAAAACGAGGCCGACCACGAUUAAUUCGACAACAGCCAAAAGUUUCAAGACCGCCGCGGCCGCCAUCACCAUUUCAACCGCCGUCGCCGCUGCCGCCGCCGCCGCCGCUGCCGCCACGAUCACCACAACCACAACCGUCACAGCCGGCAGAGAUAUAUCCACAAUCAGACGAAGACUCUGAUGAUGGAAUAUUGACGAUAGCAGAAUUGGAACCAUCAGUUUCAUCGCCAUCACCACCGCCGUCGCCACCAUCACCAUUGCCACUGGCGCCGCCACGAUCACCAUCACCACCACCAAAUUGGUCAGUCCCUGGACAACAACAACAGCAGCAGCAGCAGCAAAGAUGGCCAGUCCCGAGACAACAGCAGCAGCAGCAAAGAUGGCCAGUCCAGAGACAACAACAACCGCAGCAAACGCCAGUUCGGGGACCAAACUUUUAUACGGAUACUAUCGAUGAAAUGUUAGGAAAAACAUCGGGAAAACAACAACAAGAAUAUCCACCGCCGGUAUAUGAAGAUAUUAGUGAUUAA